UCUAAAGAGAAAAAUGGCUGACGCUACGGUUCCCAAGCCAGUGAAAUUCUUGUUCGGUGGUUCAGCAGGAAUGGCAGCAACCUGCUUUGUUCAACCCUUGGAUCUAGUUAAAACCAGAAUGCAGGUCAUGAAGGUUCAGGCAGGUCCUAGGCCAAGUUCUUUUUCAGUUCUAAUGGGGGUAGCUAGUUCCAGGGUCUUUUACUUGAUUAUUUGUAGGCAGGCAACCUAUACUACAACUCGGCUUGGAAUCUAUACUUGGUUAUUCGAAACCUUCUCCACUGAGGGAACACCACCUGGGUUCUUUAUGAAAGCUGGUUUAGGAAUGGCUGCUGGUGCUUCUGGAGCAUUUGUAGGAACCCCUGCUGAGGUUGCACUCAUCAGAAUGACAUCUGAUGGAUCUCUACCUGUUGAUAAAAGAAGAAACUAUACAUCUGUAUUUAAUGCUCUUGCUAGAAUAUGGAGAGGAGCUACUCCUACAAUGGGAAGGGCUAUGGUAGUAAAUGCUGCCCAGUUGGCUACCUACAGCCAAGCUAAGCAAAUUAUACUUGGAUCUGGAUAUAUUCAGGAUGGUAUUUUCUGCCACUUUGUUGCAUCAAUGAUAUCAGGCCUGGUGACUACUAUUGCAUCUAUGCCUGUUGAUAUUGCCAAGACUAGGUUACAGAGCAUGAAGUAUAUUGAUGGUAAACCAGAAUACAAGGGAGCCGUUGAUGUACUCUCAAAGGUUGUUAAACAAGAAGGAUUUUUCUCUCUUUGGAAAGGUUUCACACCUUAUUACUUCAGGUUGGGUCCCCACACUGUGAUCACGUUCAUAUUUCUUGAACAGAUGAACAAAUCUUAUCUUUUCUACGUUCACGGAAUCCAGGGAGGCUCUGGAGGACUCUAAAUCUCAUCAAAAUCAUGACCUAGACGAAACCCUCGCGGAAAUUUAGAUUUAUAAACAUCGUGCAGAUUAUUCAGAUUCAGUUUGUAAUCAAAAUAUAUAAAUUUAUUUACUGACAGUCACAAAAAAUAUCAAAAUUAAGUUUCGUCAAUUUUUCUGUUCUAGUCGAUGAAAAAUCAAAACUUUUUUUCUAAUCCAUAAAAGGCGAACUAUGUUUGUUUAGCAACUCGCUCAAUAACAUCUAGUCCGUAUUAAAUAUUGUAAUUUUAAUUUUCCAACCUUCUGCUUCUUUUUUUAAUAACUUGAAUUAAAUUCUCAACAUACUAUGUAUUUUGUUAUCAAAACAACAUACUAUGUAUUUUGUUAUCAAAACAACAUACUAUGUAUUUUGUUAUCAAAACAUACUAUGUAUUUUGUUAUCAAAACAUACUAUGUAUUUUGUUAUCAAAACAUACGAUGUAUUUUGUUAUCAAAACAACAUACUAUGUAUUUUGUUAUCAAAACGCAUCAAAUAUGAAUAAUAUGUAAAUGCCUUCACAGAUAAAUUUAAACCUCAUUAAAUUGCUGAAAUUU